UAUCUAACUAACUAUCUAGCUACUGUAUCUAGCUAUCUAUCUGUAAACACAACAGUUGUUAUAUCCCAGAAUGCCCUGCGGGGAGGAAACGGACUGUAAACACAACAGUUGUUAUAUCCCAGAAUGCCCUGCGCGGGAGGAAACGGACUGUAAACACAACAGUUGUUAUAUCCCAGAAUGCCCUGCGCGGGAGGAAACGGACUGUAAACACAACAGUUGUAAUAUCCCAGAAUGCCCUGCGGGGGGAGGAAACGGACUGUAAACUCAACAGUUGUAAUAUCCCAGAAUGCCCUGCGGGGGGAGGAAACGGACUGUAAACUCAACAGUUGUUAUAUCCCAGAAUGCCCUGCGGGGGGAGGAAACGGACUGUAAACUCAACAGUUGUUAUAUCCCAGAAUGCCCUGCGGGGGGAGGAAACGGACUGUAAACACAACAGUUGUUAUCUAGAGCUCACUAGUAGCAACUAGCUGCUAUCUGACGUUACCAGGCCUUACUAUUCCUGGACCAUGUAGCAAAGUGGAUGCCGGUUAGAAGCCAAUUACUAGAGAUGGAUGCCUUUUUGGGAUCUCUGCAAGACCAUGACGUGAGCUCUGUCCUCACGUCCUGUGAGCCCGAGCUGCAGGAGCUGAUGAGACAAAUAGACAUCAUGGUGAACCAGAAGAGGACGGAGUGGGAGGCAGAGAUCCGUGCCAUGGAGCUGCGUCUGCACAGAGGAGAAGAGGAGCUCCUCUCAGCCAGAAACCUCAUAGACCAAAGGAACUCGGAGAUGUACAAAGUGACAGUGGCUAUAGUUUCACUGUUAGACCUGCAGAACACUGGCUGUCGGUUGUUGAAAGUGGUAGUGGAGAAAGAGCUGAUGCAGGCUGGGUUGCUCCGCAAGCAGCUAAAUGAGGUCCAGACAGGGAAGCAAGAGCUGGUCAUUAAAUAUGAGGAACAACUGCAGCGUGUCAAAGAUGAGUUGUCUAAGCUGAAACGCAGCUACCAGAAGCUUCAGAGUAAACAGCUGAAGGAGUCUCGUGAAGGAGCCAAGAGCCGAGAGGAGGACAGGACAGAGGUGACCCGCCUCAAUGGAAAGAUAGAGGAGUUCCGUCAGAGGUCAGCGGAGUGGGAGAACCAGAGGAUGCAGUACCAGAAGCAGGUGUCGUCCCUGGAGACCCAGAGGAAGGGUCUGGCAGAGCAGUUCACUAAUAUGAAGUCCCAGGGUGCAGCGUGGCUACAGGACCCAGGAGGAGAGCGUGCCGGGCAGGCAGAUCUGCAGAGGCUGAGGGGUCAGUUGGAGAGGGCCCAGGAUACACUGCACUCCCAGGAACUGGAGCUGGAACGACUCAGACACCUCCAGGAGCAGCUGAGGGGAGAGCCCAGGAGGGGACAGCAUGUGCUGACAGAGGAGAAGGAGGGGCAGAAGCAGCAGUUCUGUAAUGACCUGUCCAAGCUGACCAGGGCCCUGCAGGCUAAAGAAGAAGUCAUCCAGUCUCUAGAGGAGUGUCUAGGAGCCCAGGGGAGAGGUGGCUCAGGACUACAGCUCCUCAGACAGGACCUAGAGAAGACUACCACCAAGCUACACUCUGCCCAGGCCUGUGAGGUCCACCUGAAGACUGAACUGGCCAGACUCAGAGACAGACUGGAGACUAUGAGCAGACAGAGAGGAGAGUUGGUCACGAGAGAAACGGAGCUAAAGCAUAUCAAGGAAGAGAGGAGUCGCUCUGUGACUGAGGUGAAACGGCUGCGUGAGGAGCUGGCGAGGGCGGAGCAGACACGCUGCUGGGAGGUGGAGGGCAUGAGGAAGGAGGUGUCCCAGAUGACCAAUGAACUGCACCAGCGUGACAUCACCAUCGCCACCCUCAGUGGCUCCGCCUCCAGCGUGGAGCGCCAGCUAAGUGGCGAGGUGGAGAGGGCAGAGCGCCGGGCGGCUGAGCUUAAGGUGACUCAGGUGCAGCUGGAAACUCUGAAGAUUGAGAACCAACAUCUGAAUGAUCUGCUGGAGAGAGUGGAGUCGAGGUCUACUAUGAAAGGGGACCCUUGCCUGGCCUCUCUGAGAGAGAGCUAUGUAUCGUCUCUGAGUAGCUUGGAGCAGGAGAACAGGCAGAUGAGACAGGAGUUGGCGGAGGUGAGAGCUCGCCUGGAGGCCUCUACACAAACCUGGCAGGACAAGCUAGACAGAUCCCUGCUCCACAACCAGUCCAGGGCCGGUCCACGACAAACACAAGAUGGGAGUGAAGAGGAAAUGCAACAGAGACACAGAGAGGAGAUCUUAGCCAUGGAGGCCAGGAUGCAGGAGAACACCUCGCACUACGAAGAGGAGAUCCAGCGUCUCCUCCAACAGCUAGAGGCACUCUCCUCCUCCUCCCCUCACAGACACCACGGACAGACCCUGGACCUCAGGCCCGUCUCAGCCUCCUCUUCCUCCUCCUCGUCCUGUAGAGAAAGCAGACUAGCCCGGGGGACAGCCUCAGCCCUAGUCUGUGUUCCUAAUGGACCUGCACCUCUACCUGUCUCUGCACCUGGUGGUGCUGAGGGCCAGUUGUCCAAUUCAGAGGAGGCUCUACACCUGCAGGCCAGUCAAGACAUACUGAACAUGGAGCGCUGUGUGGCUUCCCCUGCUGGCUCGGUGGCUUCCCGGUACCUGGAGGAGGAGAACCUGCACUCCCAGGAGCUGCUCCAGAGACUAGACGCUCACAUCCAGGGCAUGAGACAGGACAAUGUCAGGACCGUUUCUAAAUACCUGGGCCAUCCAGACACCUCCCAACCUUAACCCUCCUGACCAACCAGACACCUCCCAACCUUAACCCUCCUGACCAUCCAGACGCCUCCUAACCUUAACCCUCCUGACCAUCCAGACACCUCCCAACCUUAACCCUCCUGACCAACCA